CGUAUCGGUUUUGGCUGUAACCGAUACCGAUACCGAGUUUUAAAACCUUGCUAGAGACUGACUACUUAAGAAGCUGAGGGUCGUGUAGAGUCGGGCAGAGAUGGCGGCGGAGGAGGCGGCUGGGGUUGAGUGUAGGGUGGUGGUGCACAACAUAGCGAAGAGACACAACGUGGGGACGAUGGCUCGAAGUGCUACGGCCUUCGGGGUGACGGAGUUCAUACUAGUGGGUCGCCGGGACUUCAACGCCUUCGGAAGCCAUGGCUCCACUUCUCAUCUCCGCUUCCGUCACUUCCAUUCCCUCACCGACGCCCGCCUUUACCUUAAGGAGAGAGAUUCUGACAUCUGUGGUGUAGAGAUUGCCGAUGGAGCUGUCGCAGUGAAUCAGCAUCCCUUCAGAAAAAGCACUGCUUUCCUGCUUGGCAACGAGGGGACUGGCCUUUCCCCUAAGGAAUGUGAGAUAUGUGAUUUCUUUGUUUACAUCCCACAAUAUGGAUGUGGAACCGCAUCCCUGAAUGUUACUGUAGCUGCUUCCAUUGUCCUGCACCAUUUUGGAGUUUGGGCAGGCUUCCUUGAGAGAACCCGUGAUGGUAACAAGUUUGUCGUGGCUGAUAGGCCUAUGAAACAGGUGAGGAAAAACUACUGCUCAGAAACAGAUGAGGCUGUUAUCGAGGAGCGAAAAAUCAGAAGGGAAAAUGCUUCAGUUAGUUUCUUUGAUACCAGUGGAGCUGAUGAUUCAACAUCAAACCUAUUGGAUACAUUAUUUGAUGGUUAGCGAUGACCCAAGUAUUUGAUCACCUUACACAAGGCCUGAGUGGAUGACAUUUUGUAGGGAAUGUGACUUUUUAUUCCUCUAUAUAGGUUAACCCAAAGUUAAUAGCAUUGGGGACCUGAUAUUGGAUGGGGAUCCUCUGUCACGUGUGACAUGCCUUGUAGCACAGAUCCAAGGGCUGGGAGCACCUUGGGCUGUGUGUCUGAGGGCUCCCAGCCCUUGGAUCCGUGUAGCACGCUACAAAGGAGCCCGAUCCCCUGAUAUUGGGAAGAGUGAGAUUUUAGGUCAGAAGGUGGUGAGUUAAGCUGGAAGAGAUUGUAGUUAACCUGGUCCAUAAACAACACAAUGAAUCAAGGCUUGUUUCCUUA